AUGGAAAGCGAAAAAAAAGCAACCUACAUUUAUUUAGUAACUAUUGCUUAUGAUGGAAGUAAUUUUGCCGGUUGGGCUAAGCAACCAGAGGAAUUUACUGUCCAAGGCUAUAUUGAAAAUAUACUUAGCAGAGUCUUAGCCCAAAAAAUUAAUAUUUUAGCCACCAGUCGGACCGAUAAAGGAGUUCACGCUCGCGAGCAAAAAUUUACUUUACGCCUCAAUUUUUUUCUAACUUCCUCAAAAUUAAAACUGAUUCUGGCGAAAUCCUUGCGGGAGUAUCUUACAAUUAAAAGUGUGCAGCGGGUGAAGGCCAGUUUUCAUCCGCUCCGAGCGGUAAUUAAAAAAGAAUAUCAUACUAAAAAAUUGCUGAAUAUUUUAACUAUUUUUUGCGGAAAACAUGAUUUUUUUAAUUUUGCUUAUUGCCGGCAAAAAGACCGCCCUAAAAUUUCUACG